CAAAAUUACAGCCACCUCUCUUAAUUCCACCUGCUAGUCUCAGUCCCACCUGCUAGCCUCAAUCCCACGUGUGAACACCUCCACCACCAACCGGACAUGUCCGGGCAACCAUAGCCAGAUCCCGGAGCCGCAGCCUCCCGUGCCGUUGCGAGCCCCGUCGGCCGCUCGCUGGAGCCAGACCGGCGCCCCGCCUCUUCCUCUCUCCCUCCAUUUCUCCCUCUCACCCCGUGUCCUCUCUCUUUCCCACAGGAUCCUCCAUGGCCGUCGGAGCCGAGCUCCAAGGUCUACGUCGCCGGGUCUCGCCGCACCACCGCGGGGAACGGAGCUUCCAUGACCGAAUCCGCCGUUUUCCCCUCAUCCCGGACGCUCUACGGUGUCCCAUCGCGCCGCCGUUCCCGUCCAGCCUCGCUGCGGUUGACCCGCGUGAGUUCGAGUUGACCAUGCCAGUCCAUCCUAUGCAUCGGGCAGAGGAAGGGGAUGCCUGCAUCCCGCACCCCCGCCAUCUCCCCUAUACGCCAACCGCAAGCCGCGCCAGUUCCGGCCAACGGAGCCACAGGUUCAUUGUUGUCUAACAACAUGAUUGAUAAAACGGGAUUACC